UGCUGCCGCUGCUGCUGCGAGCGACUGGCGCGCGUGCGCGGGGAGAGGGGGAGGAGGCGAAGCUGCAGCAACGGAGCACGAUGGACGCGCAGAAACUCCGCGAUCUCAGCGCCUUCGUGCAGCACUGCAAAAGCAGCCCGACCGUGCUGCACAUGGGCGAGCUGCGCUUCUUCAAGGAGUGGUUGGAGAGUAUGGGAGCAACUGUACCUCCUCCAGCAGAACACCCGAAAUUCCCGGAGGGACCAAAGGAAACAAAUACAGAAGCGAAGGAACCGCCAGUUUCAUCUCCAGAGCAAGCUUCAGAAAGCCAGGAGAGUGAACUUGAAAUUGACGAUGAAGGUGUGAUUGAGGCAGAUCCUGAAGAACCUAUUGAAAUGGGAGAUGACAGUAUUGAGGUGACUGAGGAAUUAAUGGAUCAGGCAAAUGAGAAGAAAGCCGAAGCCAUCAAUGCUUUGGGAGAAGGGGAUCUUGAAAAGGCACUCGAACACUUCACAGAAGCCAUUAAGUUGAACCCACGCCUGGCCAUUCUUUAUGCUAAGCGAGCCAGCGUGUAUGUGAAAAUGCAGAAGCCCAAUGCAGCCAUUCGGGACUGUGACAAAGCAAUUAGCAUCAACCCUGAUUCAGCGCAGCCUUACAAGUGGAGGGGAAAAGCACACAGGCUACUUGGUAACUGGGAGAAAGCAGCGCUGGAUUUGGCAAUGGCCUGUAAAUUGGAUUACGAUGAUGAUACUAGUGCUCUGCUGAAGGAGGUACAACCUCGAGCUCAAAAAAUAAUGGAGCACAGAAGAAAAUACGAGAGGAAAUCUGAAGAGAAAGCUCUCAAGGAGAGAAUGGAGCGUGCAAAAAAAGCAAAAGAGGAGCAUGAGAAAGCGCGCAAAGAGGAGGAGACUCGUCGUGCAGGAGCCACGGGCUUUGGUGGUUUCCCAGGUGCACCUGGUGGUUUUCCGGGAGGAAUGCCCGGAAUGGGAGGAAUGCCCGGAAUGGGAGGAAUGCCCGGAAUGGGGGGAAUGCCCGGAAUGGGGGGAAUGCCUGGCCUGAAUGAUCUACUUGGUGAUCCAGAGGUGCUGGCAGCGAUGCAGGAUCCUGAGAUAAUGGCGGCAUUCCAAGACGUGGCCCAGAACCCAGCCAACAUCUCAAAAUAUCAAAACAACCCGAAAGUGAUGAACUUCGUUGGAAAGCUUUCAACUAAGUUUGGUGCCAAACCUUGAAGGGCAGAAUAUUCCGACUAACAUCCUCACUACAACCCUUGCACCCUGCCACUGUGCACGACCCGUGUAUCUACAAACCUCCUUCAGAGUAGUAGUCAGACUAUUUUUUAGUCUCUUUUUAUUACAAAUUGAUUUUAUUUUGGGUGGGGAAAAUUAAAGAGUCUAAGGAAAAUGUGCUCUUGCACAGAAAAUCUUGUGCUACUUAUUGUCUGCAGUGGCCCAGAUCUGUAAACAGGGGCAUUUGUGUUUUUAUUUUUUGUUCCUAUUUUAGCACAACGAUUAAUGCUAAAAAUAAAUGGAUUAAAAUUGCAGAGCAGAAAACGAUGCAAAUUUGUUAACGGGUUUAAAAAUAGUUACAACUUAAACCAGUGACCAGAUCUGGUGGCAGUGUAUAAGAAACCUCUUCUCGUGUGGGAUGAAAGACAAACCAAAGCACACAUGUUGCACCAGAUGUUAGCAUUUAAAACUGAUUUCCUUGCAAUGCCACAGCAGGUACGUGCUGCAGUACCUUCAGUGAAAGUUUGUUCCCGUCUGCAUGUUGUGCCCUUGGAUCAAGGUGUGAAAUUGGCUUCUUCCUGUCAAGGGCAAGCAUGAACAUUAACAAAAUGCCAGCUGGACUUUGCACUUUCUAGUCAAUUAGCUUACCUGAGCGUGUACAUUAAAAUUCAUAUAUUCUACUAAAUAUAGUGAGCAGCAGCUUGGGAGAUAAACUAGGAAUGUGGGUACCUGUAGAAAUCAGUAUCGUCGUUUCUGGGAAGCAAUUGGAGAUGAUUAAUAUGGCAACUGUUUACAGAUAUUUUUCUCCCCAGAAAGUAAAUCUCAUUUUAAAAAAUGAAAUGGGUUAAUAUCUGGAUGGAGAUAAAUAUGGUUGUAAAUAAUGGUCACUCUGACAUUUUGUAUGCUACAGCAUCCUUUGAAGAUUAAAUUUGAGUGAUUCCAUUAUAUUGUAGAUUAUUUUCAAUUAGCCACUCGAUCAAUAUUAAUUGGAAAGACUUCUACAACUACAAACACUGCUCACAAUCACUACCAGUAAAAGGCAUUAUAUUAACCCUCCCUCUUGGGGUAGUUAGUGGUGGGUGGAGUCGAGGGAGAACAGGUGGACAAUUUUAACGUGGGAGAAAUUGGGUCCUGUUAAUCCGAGGAAAAAAAUAUUUUAACUUGAAGGACAAUCCUUUGAGUUAAAUAUUCGGAUCUUGAUUUGUUUCCCCCCCCCCCCCCCCACCUCUUCAAGAAAAUGAAUGAUGUUGAAUUACAUUGGGUUGUUGAAGGGCUCCACUUUAGCCACAAGAACAGUAGUUUUGGGUAUCCAUGUAAUAAUUUCAAGCCUUGUAUUUAAUGCAGUGAGUAUUGUAGGGGUGAUUGGGUGAGGGGGAGGAGAGGAUGAGGGAUGGAAUUCCCCACACCCUCGCCCCCUGCUCAUGAGUUGCAUGUGUUAAGACAAGGUCGAACUUGUGGAAAAAAUAAAUUGGAAACUGAAAGGA